AUAUUCGAUGAAUUGAUUCAAAUCGUGAUGCUUCAGUUUUGACAUUUUUUGACAUUUCAACGGUCAGUUUUAUCAAUCUUAUUAUUAAACCGCACUUGGACAAUUUGCUUUCGAAAUUGUCAACAAGUUAUUUAUUCAGGGCAUAAGCAUGAUUGAAGCAUCAGAAGACUCAAGUAUUAGUGAUCAAGCAGAUCCUCAAGAACAACAAAAGAUCACAUCAGUUAGUGUUGAACACACAAAUGAGCAAUGUAACAUGUCUGAAACCCACAAUGCAACAUUAGAUCCUGAAAUGGAAGGAGAGGAUAACAUGGAUGGCAAUGAAGAUGAAGAACUGAAUGAGAAAAAGUCCAAAACUGCUGGUGGAUUUACUGGUAGAGGAGUCACAUUGCAAAUGUUACUUGAAGAUAACAUCCUUCAACCAAAAGAAGGUGCUAUGUCACUAGAGUACAUGGGACAAAAAUUUAAUGGGGACUUACUGGCAGAUGGAAAAAUUUUUUCUGCUGAAGUUCAAGAAGUCUUUAGUUCACCCUCGGCGUGGGCCUUGCGCUGCAAAAAAAUUGUUAAUCCCGAACAGAAAUAUGGUUGUGGUUGGUCAUCAGUACGAUAUUGUGGCAGGCCUUUGGAUGUAUAUAAAAACCAAUGGAUGCGUAAACGACGUUUAGAACAGGUUAGCGACAACUCGACUCCUGAUGAUUGUAAUUUGUCCACUAAUGAGCCUGUACUGCUGGAACCUGAACCAGUAAUUCAAAUGAGUAUGAAACAAACUGUCGGUGAUCGACAAAUUAUAAAGCACGAAACGCUAGGAAACAGGACAAGUAUCGAGGAUCCAAAUUUGUUAGUUGAAGCCAUAUCGUUCGCAAAUAUAGGGAAACUUCAACCUUUUCUAAUAUCGUUAAACACGACUGCUCUUGUUGUAAUGGACGUUCAUUGCUCUCUAACGCGUUCAGAAGUUGUUGGAUAUUUAGCAGGCCAAUGGGACAUUAACACGAACACACUCACGAUUAAACAAGCGUUCCCUUGUUUAAAUCGAGUUACGACUGAUGAUAAACGAGGCCAAGCUACCGAAAUCAAAAUCGCUCAAUCAAUAGAGAGUGCUGGACUUUGCUUGGUAGGAUGGUAUCAUAGCCACCCUUUAUCACCGCCCACUCCAACUGUGCAAGAUAUUGAUUCACAACUCGAGUAUCAAUUAAAACUCAAAGGAACUGGUGAUCAAGGUUACCGACCUUGCGUAGCGAUGAUUUCAUGUAAUGAAAUAUUCCUUACUAUUAUAUGUUAUCAUUACCUGUUCACUUUACUUUUUUAUUCAGCACCGUUCCAUCACGCGGAACCUAGCCAAUCAACGUCGACCACUCACUUGACGUGCUACUGGGUGUCUCCUCCUACCGAAUCUCGACCACUUGAACUUGGACGUCCUAUGGCCAUGCAAUACAACGUUGUGUAUGACGCCACCGUCAAAGAUGACGUAGUCCCUAAAUUGGAAGCUUGCCUUAAAUUUUACCGUGAUUCUCCUGACCGCACAAAUUUUGACGAAAACUGGUCUGAUGAACUCACGAUUCUGGAUAAGUUGAAAGCGACUUUGAAGUCCAGCUUACAAAGCGAAGAUGAUGUGAUUAUCGAUUUGGUUGACACACUCAGCAACAUGACCAAAGUGAAAACGAAAACAGAUCUCACCGACGUAAAAUCUCCUGCAGAACCUAUAGACCCUGAACCCCAAAACAACCUAAAAGAAAUCUCGUGUAUGUGAGACAAGAAAAUCGCGAAAUCUAUGAAUCGAGGUUUUUCUUUGCAAAAUUCCAGCCAUCUGGGAAUCAUGCGUACAAAUAAUACAUAUGAAUAAAAGAGUGA